GAAGCUCUUGCAGGAGGGCAAGGCCAAGGCUAUUGGGGUCUGCAACUACUCGAUGCGACACUUGAAGGAGCUCUUUGAAAACUGUGAGGUUCGACCUAUGGUCAACCAGGUGGAGUUUCACCCGCUUCUGGUGCAGGCCGAGCUACUCGAGUUCUGUGAACAAGAGGGUCUGGCUUUCCAGGCCUUCGCUUCUCUCGGCUCUGGGGACUCCCGACGUGCUCGGGACUUCUUUGCCCUCUCGGGGGUGCAGGCUGCGGCGAGGGCUCACGGGGCCACACCUGCAGCGGUGCUGCUGCGCUGGGCCACGCAGAAGGGCUGCCACAUCAUCCCAAAGUCUUCGGACCCCGGUCGCAUGAAGCAAAACGCCACAAUCUUCGGCUUCCACCUCACAGAUGAAGAGUUGGAGGCCAUUGAUGCUUCGCACGUCAAUGCUCGCCUGACAUGGGGAGGCACGGAUCCGGACCGCAUCGGAUGA